AUGCAGGAAACAUGUUCCUUUGUAAGGAAAUUCAAGAAGCUCAAGAAACACAUGAAGGAAAAACACCCACAUGCUUGUCCAAGAGCCAUUGAUCCAGCUCUAGAGACUAAAUGGAAGAGGCUUGAGAGGGAAAGAGACAAAAGAGACGUGAUAAGCACGAUAAUGUCGUCGACUCCAGGUGCUGUUGUGUUGGGAGAUUGUGUCAUAGAGCCGCGUCAUCGGGGAGCUGUUAAUGAUGAAGAAGAAGAUUGCAGUUCAGAUGAUGAUAUGAGCAAAGGUGUAUUGGAUUUGGAUUCAUGGCAAAGACAAAACCAUCAUAUUAGGUUUAUCGAUAUGAAUGAGAGCGACUUCGUAUCAUCUUCGAGAUCCCAUGCUUCUCCACGCCAUUUAGUCUUGCCACGUAACCCAUAG